AUGGACGUUGAUAUAAAAAAAGGGCGUCUAAAAGCAGUUCGUAGGAAUGGAUUGGUUAAUGGAGUGAAUUGUCAUUAGUCUAUUAGUUGGAUAUACAGUGUUUUUGAUUUUGUAAUAGCAUAUAUAUUUGCAUUUGAAUUUGAAGAUACUGGAAUGAAGGUAUUAAAAAUUUUAAUUCAGUAACUCUAAUCGAUAAUGCUUACAAUAUUAGCUACUUGCAUAGUUUAUUUUUAUCUUAGAACAACAUUAAUUGAUCCAACAGAUUCAGUAGUAAAAGAAGAGAAAUUAUCAAAACUGCAAGGGUAAAUUGAAUAAUAAAUAUUUAAGGAAAGAAUAUAAGACUCAUAUUAAAUAAUAUUGUUUAGUAUGUUAAGCACAUUUAUAAAAUAAAACUAAACAUUGUUGGAAUUGCAAUAAGUAUAAAAAUAAUAAAAUAUAGAUGUGUAUCAAAAUUUGAUCAUCAUUGCAUUUGGUUAAAUAAUUGUGUUGGAGAUCAGAAUUAUUCUUAUUUUUUUAUAUUAGUAAUCUCUUUAGUGGCACUUAAAAUAUUUAUAUUAGACUAGGAUCUCAAAUUAUUUUAUAUGCAAACUAAUUUUUAGAUUAUAGUUUAUAUUUGUAUUGCAAUAGAUCCUCCUAUAUAUAUAUGCAUACAUAUUUACUAUGUAUGCAUUUAUACUUCAAGUAAUUAAUAAUUAUCUAAUUAUUAGAUAUAAAAAUAUAUCUACUUAUGAAUACAUAAAAUCCAAAAAGGAUUCCAAAGAUUAAAUAUAAUAAAAAUAGAUUCAAAAUGAAAGUUCUACUGGUUAUGGUUAAUUGUUAUCAACCUCAAAACAUUUUGAUUUAAAAUCACAAUUAUCAUAAAAAACUGGAGAUUCAAAAAAAUCAAAUGAAAGCUUUUUUCAUAAUAAAUAAGAUGAAGAAAAGAAAGGUAAUUAAUAAACAUAACAAUAAAUUACAUAAAUUUCAAGUUUAUUUACUUGUAAACCUACUACUCCUGGAAAUGAAUAAGAUAAAAAACAUUAAGUUUAAUAAUUCGCAAAACCAAAAGAUUUAGAUGAUUUAAAAGAUAAAUAGAUAUAUAAUUAAGUAAUAGUUGAAGAUUCAGAACCAUAAUUAAAUGAAAGUUCUGAUGAUGAUGAUGAUGAUUGUGAUUAACAAUAUGAAAAACAUAAUCAUUGUCCUAAUAAUAGUCAUACCUCUGAUUUGCAUUAUCAUGAUGAAUAAUAAAUAAAUCAAAAAAGAGAUUAAAUUAAUGAAAAUGAUUUAAUAAUCAAAUAAGUUAUAGCUAGCAAUCCAGAUAAAUAGUCUAAUGACUAAGAAGGUCUAUCAAACUAGUAAUCUCUUCAUGCUUAGGAGCCACCUCCACUUCUAAAUGCUAAACAUUUCAAUUAACAUUAUAAGGAGAUCCAAAAAUUAUUAUGCCACUUAAUAAUCAAAAUUAAAUAUCUGA